AUGGCGGUUACUUCAAGCACCAGGCUCGCACCCGCAACCGCCAAGGCGGCUCAGGUUUUGACACCAGAGGCAGCUCGCCAUGUCGAACAACAUCGUCGCGAUAUUCAGCAUGCACUGUCCGCUGACGGUCUCGGCGAACGCCUGCUGGUGGUGAUUGGCCCAUGCAGCAUCCACGACACGGCCACGGCCAUGGAUUACGCAACACGGUUGGCUACGGCCGCCGAGAAGCAUGCGGAUGAGCUGCUUGUCGCCAUGCGAGUCUACAUCGAGAAGCCGCGCACCACCGUCGGCUGGAAGGGUCUCGUGCACGACCCAGAUCUGACCCAGUCCCAAGACUCGGAUCUCCAAAAGGGCUUGCAAGUGUCGCGAGACAUCAUGCUCCGCGUAGCCGAGCUUGGCCUCCCCGUCGUAACCGAGAUGCUCAGCCCCCUCGUGAUCCCCUUCCUCGACGAUGUCCUGUCCCUGGGCGUCAUCGGCGCGCGCACCACCGAGAGCCAGACCCACCGCGAGCUCGCCAGCGACGUGCCCUUCCCCGUCGGCUUUAAGAACGGUACCGAUGGUUCCCUCGGCGUGGCCAUCGACGCCAUCAAGGCAUCCGAGCGCCAACAUACCCUCCUCAGCGUGGCGGAAGACGGCGGCCUAGUCCAGCGCGUCAGCCAGGGCAACCCGGAUACGUUUGUGGUCCUGCGCGGGGGUAAGGCCGGCCCGAACUACUCACCCGAGCAUGUGAAGCAAGCCGAGGAGGCCAUGGCCAAGGCGGGCAGGCCUGUGCGUCUGGUUGUGGACUGCAGCCACGGGAACUCGUCGAAGGAUUAUCGCAACCAAGGCAAGGUUGCCGCCUCUGUUGCCCAGCAGUUUGCUGACGGCGCGCCUAUUGCUGGCCUCAUGAUUGAGAGCAACAUUCGGCCUGGGAGGCAAGAUAUCCCUGCAUGCGGUCUGUCCGGACUCGAAUAUGGCGUCAGCGUCACCGAUGGUUGCGUGGGCUGGGAAGAGACGGAGACGAUCCUGGAGCAACUGGCCAACUCCGUCAAGACCCGCAGGGCCGGGGCGGAAGUAACGGUUCAGGAAGUGGAAGUGGAAGAGGAGGAGUUGGAAGUCGAGGCCCGUAACACGGUUGUCGAGGUGGUUCAGGCCCGGGAUACCCGCCGCUCUUCCUUCCACCAACUCAUUGAGAAGAUCCGCCCGGCGAUUACAACGAUGGAGAUCCCGUUGUAUGCGGUGGAAUGA